CCGGACAAGAGACAUCAUUGAAGACGAGCACGUGUCCGAAUUCACGACUGCGAAUAAUUAAUCGACAAGACACUGCUCCCUUGUAGCUGUCAAUUCCCCCAACGGACUCGUACGGCUGGGCUUGCAACGUUGCGUGAAGACUCUCGUCUCCCACGUCGCAAGCCUGCGUCUGGUAUCAAACGAGAUGAUUCCAUUACCGAGACCUGAAGACUACGAUGUCUCGCCGGAGCAUGGCUUCCUGUCUGCAGAUCUACCGCUUGAGGGGCUUCCUGACAGCUACUACCAACCGUGGGAGUUCGUGGUGAAGAAUUUGCAGGGCUUAAUCCUAAGCAAGAGGCUGCAUGAGGUUGUUGACCGGAUGCCGGUGCUGUCGACGGACAGACUGCACGGCGAGCAACAAUGGCGAAGAGCGUACAGUGUGCUUGCCUUCAUUGCCCACUCAUAUAUAUGGGGUGGAGAGCGGCCAAUGGAGUGGGUGCCGCCACCAGUCACAGUUCCGUUCAUGCGAAUAUGCAAUGAGCUGCAACUGCCUCCCGUUGCCACAUACGCUGGUCUGGUGUUGUGGAACUGGAAGCCAAUAUUCGCCUCCGAGCGGAUAGAUACACUCGCCAACCUUGACAUGAUUGAUACCUUCACUGGUUCACUCGACGAAAAAUGGUUCUACCUCAUCAGCGUGGCGAUUGAAGCACGUGGCGCGCCGCUCAUUCCACUAAUGCUACGUGCUAUUGAUGCUGCACGCAGUGGUGACCGAUCCACUGUCACAGAGUGCCUUUGCACUUUUGCAGAGCGACUGGACGAGCUUGGUGCCAUGCUACAGCGUAUGUACGACAACUGCGAUCCGCAUGUCUUCUAUCACCGCAUCCGACCUUUUCUUGCGGGAAGCAAGAACAUGGCCGACGCAGGCCUGCCUAACGGCGUUAUCUUCGACAAUGGCGGGCCGAUCAACAAGCAACGCUACGUGAAGUAUAGCGGCGGUAGCAACGCGCAGUCGAGCCUGAUCCAGUUCUUCGAUGUCGUGCUAAGCGUAGAGCAUCGACCUACGGGCCAGAAGGCGCACAACGUCCAUCCUGAGUUCGGCAAGAAGAAGCCGUCAGCACCAGAACCCAGCUUCAUCCACGAGAUGCGGAAGUACAUGCCAGGCCCGCAUGCACGGUUCUUGGAGGCGGUGGGUCGUGUCGCGAACAUUCGCGAGUUUGUCCAACAGCAUCGCUACGACCGAUCGCUGAGCGUAGCUUUCGACGCAUGUUUGGCCAUGCUCAGUGCCUUCCGUGACAAGCACAUCCAAAUGGUGAGCCGCUACAUCAUCAUCAAAAGCCGGGAAGCCAAGAAGGAGCAGCCCGAGGCGAAGAAGCCGAAGGGUGAAACGCUAGCGACCAUGGAGCUUCCCGUCCGGCCCAAGAGUGCCGCGGGUGGCAGGCCCGAGGAGAAGGACCGCAAGAACUUGCGAGGUACUGGUGGAACGUCCCUGAUUCCCUUCUUGCGGCAAGCGAGAGACGAGACGGGUGAGCCGGCUGUUGACGCUUGGGCUCGGAGAGUGCUCAGUAAAGGCCGUGAUAACGGGCACGAAGAGCGUAGGAAGAGUCAGAUCGAUAAGUGUCAGGGCUUGGCGAGUGUCUGGCAUAUCGAUGACAGUGAUGGUGGGCUGUGUCUGUAUUAGACGGCCUGUGCCUGCAAAAGCCUUUGUACAUACUGCCACGUUGUCGGCUAUAAUGAAUAUCAUGCAGCAGCGAUUUUCCGAUUGA